AUGGACCAGUUCGCCGCGAGCGGGAGAUUCUCUAGAGAGGAGGAGGCGGACGAGGAGCAGGAGGACGCGUCCAAUUCCAUGCGCGAGAUCUCUUUCAUGCCGGCGGCCGUGGCCGGGACCGCGCCAUCUUCGGCGGCCGCUUCCGCGUCCGCGCCCGCCUCGACCAGCGCAUCCGCGUCUGCGGCCUCGGGAAGCAGCAGCGCCGCCCCCUUCCGCUCCGCGUCGGGGGAUGCCGCCGGAGCGUCGGUGAGCGGCGGCGGCGGCGGCGCUGCGGACGUGGAGGCGGUGGAGAAGGAGCACAUGUUCGACAAGGUGGUGACGCCGAGCGACGUGGGCAAGCUCAACCGGCUGGUGAUCCCGAAGCUGUACGCGGAGAAGUACUUCCCGCUGGACGCGGCGGCCAACGAGAAGGGCCUCCUCCUCAGCUUCGAGGACAGCGCCGGCAAGCACUGGCGCUUCCGCUACUCCUACUGGAACAGCAGCCAGAGCUACGUCAUGACCAAGGGCUGGAGCCGCUUCGUCAAGGAGAAGCGCCUCGUCGCCGGGGACACCGUCUCCUUCUCCCGCGCCGCCGCCGAGGACGCGCGCCACCGGCUGUUCAUCGACUGGAAGCGUCGGGUCGACACCCGCGGCCCGCUUCGCUUCUCCGGCCUCGCGCUGCCGAUGCCGCUGGCGUCGCACUACGGCCCCCACCACUACAGCCCGUGGGGCUUCGGCAUCGGCGGCGUCGGCGGUGGAGGAGGAGGAGGGUUCUUCAUGCCGCCCUCGCCGCCCGCCACGCUCUACGAGCACCGCCUCAGACAGGACCUCGACUUCCGGAGCAUGACGACCUACCCCGCGCCGACCUUGGGGAGGCAGCUCCUGUUUUUCGGCUCGGCCAGGAUGCCUCCUCAUCACGCGCCGCCCCAGCCGCGCCCGUUGUCGUUGCCGCUGCAUCACUUCACGGUGCAACCGAGCGCCGCCGGCGUUACCGCCGCGUCACGGCCGGUCGUUCUUGACUCGGUGCCAGUCAUCGAGAGCCCGACGACCGCCGCGAAGCGCGUGCGGCUGUUCGGCGUCAACCUGGACAACAACCCGCUGUCAGACUCUGGAGACGGCGGCGGCGAGGCUAGCCAUCAGGGCAAUGCAUUGUCGUUGCAGAUGCCCGGGUGGCAGCAAAGGACUCCAACUCUAAGGCUACUAGAAUUGCCUCGUCAUGGCGCGGAGUCCUCCGCGGCGUCGUCUCCGUCGUCGUCGUCUUCCUCCAAAAGGGAGGCGCGUUCAGCUUUGGAUCUCGAUCUGUGA